AUGGACCCCUCUCCGUACGCCGCUUUCGAUGCCGACGCCAAGCCGUCCGCCCGUCCGUGGAAGAUCGCGACUGCCAUGUGCGGUGCCAUCGCGCUUGGUCUCUCGGGCGCUGUCCUCGGUCUCGCGAACGAGCGCAAGCUGAUGCAGCGCAUGGGAGCGUCCACCGUGGUCGGCUCGUACAUGGCAGACGCGCUAAGUUCGAUGUACGACUUUGAGUUUGAGGCGACGACGCUCGGCGGCGAGCGUGUGGCGCUCAAGGCCUUCAAGGGCAAGCCGCUGCUGGAGGACAACUCGGAGAUCCUCAGCAUGCUCAAGCACGUCCGCCCGGGCGGCGGUUUCACGCCUGCGGCGCAG